AAAUAAUUUAGUUUGACGAUGGCAUCAGCUUUGUGUAGAUGUUGCAAAAGAUCGAAACUUAUAUAAAAGACAGCAACCCGGGGAACCGCAGAUUCUGCACCUAAAGAGUGGGCAUCUCAGAGGAAGAGCCUCGAAAGCGAAUCAGUUGUACGAAGCUAGCUCUCUCACAAUAUACACUAGCCGAUUGGAAAUAAUUAUUCUGACGAUGAGGCUGACCAUGAGGAAUUUGGGCAGUUUCGCCAAGAUGCUGGACUUCUAUUCGCAAUUUAAUCCUUCGCCGUUGUCCAUCAAGAAGUUUAUCGAUUUUGGAUUGAGCGCAUCUGAACAAAAGUCAUUCAUUUUCCUUCGCAAAGAGCUUCCGGUACGACUGGCAAACAUAAUGAAAGAAAUAGCGCUUCUGCCUGAGAACCUGUUGAGGAUGCCGUCCGUGGUUGCCGUGAACGAUUGGUACAUCCGCAGCUUCCAGGAGAUAAUCGAAUUCGAAAAGUCCGAUAUUAAUGGAAAAACUCUCGAGCACUUCUGCGACAGUCUCGUCAAAAUCCGCAACAGACAUGCAGACGUCGUGGAAACGAUGGCGCAGGGUGUGCUCGAACUGAAGGAAUCCCACGACGUCGACCAUCAGACUGAACACAGCAUACAGUAUUUCCUGGACAGAUUCUACAUGUCCAGGAUAUCCAUAAGGAUGCUCAUCAAUCAACACACAUUACUUUUUGGCGGACAACUUGAGAACGCGCCAGGUCCGAAUCGCAGCAAGUACAUCGGUUGCAUCGAUCCCCAUUGUGAUAUUGUCAGUGUGAUCAAAGACGCAUACGAAAAUGCGAGGUUCCUCUGUGAUCAAUAUUAUCUGGCAUCACCAGAUUUAAUAAUCAAUGAGUCGCAGCAUAACGAAGUUGAACACGAACGCGACAUCAGGAUCGUCUACGUACCUUCACACUUGUACCAUAUGCUGUUCGAGCUGUUCAAAAAUUCCAUGAGAGCCGUCAUGGAAUACCAUGGAUCAGUCGAUCAAUAUCCGCCGAUCACUGUUACCGUAGCAAAAGGCAAGGAGGAUAUAUGUCUGAAGAUGUCAGAUCGAGGUGGUGGCAUAUCUCGAAGCACGACCGAUCACUUAUUCAAGUAUAUGUAUUCGACUGCGCCUCAACCCAGCAAAUCGGACGCUCACACUGUACCUUUAGCGGGGUACGGUUAUGGACUUCCGAUAUCUAGAUUGUAUGCCAGGUAUUUCCAUGGAGAUUUGGUGUUAUUAUCGUGCGAAGGUUACGGAACUGAUGCAGUCAUCUACAUGAAGGCACUGUCAAACGAGGCAAACGAACUUUUACCCAUAUUCAACAAGACGACCUCGAAAUUCUACAGAACUGUCGUUCAAACUGGUGAUUGGUCGAAUCAAGCCUCGAAUUUAACCAGCAGGCAACUGAGCACCAACAUCAAGAAACAUCAAUUGCCGCAAUCGGUGCAGGAGACGAUGACCGGCACUGGCGGCAUCUAAAACCUCUUGACUAAAUGUGAAACAUCAGAAAUUCAUUUUUACCAAAAAAAAAA